AUGGAAGAAAGCGGGGUUAAGCAGCAGACAGAGCCGCAAAAUCAAGAAUCUAAACCGACGGCAGGCGUCCGUUUGAAAAGAGAGCUGACUCUAACACACGCGGUAGCGACCACGGUCAGUCUGAUCAUCGGGUCUGGGAUCUUUCUGUCACCGAAGGGAGUUCUGCGGUCCACCGGUUCCGUGGGCUUGUCUCUGAUCGUGUGGAGUUUAAGCGGGGUGCUGUCCUUACUCGGAGCUCUGUGCUAUGUAGAGCUCGGGACUACAAUCCCCAAGUCAGGUGGCACUUAUACCUACCUACACGAAAUCUUCGGACCUUGGGUUGGUUUUAUAGAGAUUUGGAAGAACUUCAUCAUUGCUAGACCCUGUGCGACGGCUGUUGUGGGGAUCACUGUCGCGCAGUACGUGUUGUACCCUUUCUUCGCGCCUUGUCCGGCACCGUACCUGGCUGUACGCCUUGUCGCUGCUGUUUGUUUAGCUCUGAUAGGGUUUGUCAACUGCUAUAGUGUCCGCAUGGUGGCGCAAGUGAACAAGGUUCUGACGAUUCUGAAGGUGGCGGCACUCGCGAUCAUUAUAGUGUUCGGAGGGAUCCAACUUGCUAAAGGACACACCACUAACUUAGAGCCAGCCAACGCGUUUGAGGGAACCACGACUUCAGUCGGGGACACUAUGGUGUCCUUCUAUUCAGCACUUUGGGCAUACGAAGGGUGGAACCUGGUACUGAACACAGCGAUCUCGCUGCCGCUCGUGACCGGUAUCUACGUGCUGACGAACAUCGCCUACUUCACAGCCAUGACGCCGGCUGAGCUGCUCGCAUCGGAUGCAGUCGCCGUGACCUUCGCCAACCGUCUCCUUGGUAUUAUGAGUUGGAUCAUACCCGUGGCAGUGGCAGUCUCCACGUUUGCAACUGUUCUCUCCAGCACUAUGGUGAAUACAAGACCGUUGAUGGUAGCUGCAAGGGAAGGCACUCUCCCGAGAAUCCUGUCGAUGAUUCAAAUCAACCAACUAACGCCUGUCCCUGCUGUCAUAUUAUUGAUUUCGUUCGGUUUGCUGAUGCUGAUACCUACUGACGUGUACAAGUUGUUGAACCUGCUGGGGUUCGCUGGUUGGCUGAGCUGUGCCACAGCAGUUAUCGGGCUGCUGUGGUGGCGGUACAAGAAACCAGAUUUACCCAGACCUAUCAAGAACAACCUGGCCAUUCCUGUUCUGUUCGUUCUUCUGAGCCUGUUCAUGGUGGUUGUUUCUUUCGUGUCGGCCCCUGUUGAGUGUGGCAUCGGGCUGAUCAUACUAGCCAGCGCCAUUCCAGUCUACGCCGUCUUCGUGCACUGGAAAAACAAGCCAGCCUGGUUCCUGUCGCUUGAAGGUUAG